CCCAAAGACCAGAUUAGAUCUGCGAGAAGUCACUGCCUUGCUUCUGCUGGACAUCAGGAUAUUUAAAUGGUUAAGAGGGAGAUUUGAGGUACGUUUUGAGUUUUUUUGCAAAUAAUACAAUCAUAGACAACGCACUCGAAGAAGAACUUUUAGCUUCCUUACCUCGAGGGAAUAUGAACCCAAUUAGAUAUUCUAGUCUGCUAGUAAAACAUUUUCAGUGGUUCGUCUUGCAAAAUUCAACAAUAUUUAAUUUCUCUGUCUGCCGAUCGAUAAAGUAGAAUUGUAAAGAGUUGCAAAAAUACGUUAGUCUAUUUUUUGAGAUGUUAAGGUCAAGUCAAGAUUGCGCCAUUUAUUUCAGGCGCUUGUCACUUCAUAAGCAAAGUAGCUGUUUUUAAAUGGUUUCAUAAAUCUGAAAAAUGAGUCUUCGAUUUUUUUUUCUGUCUUGUAAAAUUACGUUCGCUCAGCCAGUGCCAUCUGGUGCAAUUGAAAAGUGAUGGUUAAAUCUUACUUCUUUGAACAACAUUUGAGAGAAUAUCUCGUACAUGAGAGAGGUGAUAAAUUCGUACGUUGAUCAAUUUACGCUUUUGUAUAAAUAUUUAACGUUAGAACUCCCUUUUACAGUCAAUCAUCACACAGCAUUUUCCAUUUAUCUCUCUAUUCAUUUUAUAUUUUUCAUUCAUUCUUGCAUCUCAAUUUCUUUCCUCGCCUCAAUCAUUCACUGAUUUAUUUACUGUCUUUCUUUAUAGGAUUUUUUUUCACCUAUUCAUUUAUUUAUUAUCUAUCUAUUCGUUCAUUUAUGUGGUUUUGCUUUUAUUCCUUAAAAGGAUAAUUGCUGGGCUUCGUGAAAACAAUGGCAAAAAAGCAACAAGCUUUUCUUUUUGUGAUCUCCUUGAUCAUCUUGGCAUCCAGGCCACACGCCUUAGAGCUACCCUAUGAGGUCCUAGACACCAUCAUGGAGUUGACUGAUGCCGAUCCAGACUUCACAGACCUCAACCGAGUCAAUAUUUCUGAUGACCUGGGCCCUACUCGUCCCAUUUACCGACUCGAUCUUGAUCCAAACUUCAUUGCCUAUUACGAGGUUGACAUGGGAAGUGACUAUGUCGUUUUAGCUUCCGGAAGCCAAACUGGAGAUUACCGAAAAGUGGAGAGUGGCCCGGAUCCAAGACCCACUGAUGUGCUUGUGCGACGAGCUGAAGAUAACGGCGAGCAGUGUGAGAAGUUUUAUCGGCUAUCACCAUUGGGAUUGACAGCUUGUACAAAUGACAAUGGAACGUUCGUUGCAGCAACUUAUAACUGGACAAAUAAUGUUCCACAGGUAGAUGAUAAGACUUUAAUGAUGUUUAAUAUCAAAAAUGUUUGUAGGAACCAGGACACAAAUUCUAUGGCAUAAGUAAUUUGCAAAUUUAUCACUUUAACCAUUAAUAAUCCUUUCUGUCUAUAAGAAGUAUCUUUGCAUUAUGAUUUAGUUAUUUUCUUGUUUUUUUUUUUUCCUCUAGUCUUUAUUUUUCUUUUUCUCUUUUUGUUUUUGUUUUCCUAAUUAUUUACGUAGACGAUAGCUUUGCUCGGUAUUUGAUUGCGCAUAACACAAUAACCAGUACAUUAUGAAUAUCUGGUUCCGCCGUUCUACCACAGCCAACAGAGACUCUACAGGAAUAUACAUAAAUACUAGGUCCAUAAGUAAAAUUCUUCCUGCGUAAUGUUAGGAUCAACAAUGUCGAAAGUUGCGUGUGCGUAAUUAGAGUAGGAAAGAAUAUUUCCUUUAAUACAUCAAUUUUUAAAUCACUAUUUGUCCUUGCAAUCUGAUUCGCCCUCAAUGAUCAGUGUGAUUUAUCGACGAAUCGCACCAUAUCUUUUGCCCAGCCGAUGAGAAAGCUUUACUAUAACACAACAACCAAUCAGAUUUGAAGGCUUGUUUAAAGGAACCAUUCAAAUUGCAGUAAAAUGUAAGACAACGUUUCCAAUUUUUCGCAAACCAGCUCAGUACUGGAUCAAUAAACUGGCGAAAAGGCUGGAAGUGUUGGGUAUUGAAAAGUAUGUUUCGUAGGCCAUGAACGAACUUCUCGAGGAGUUUUACUCAAAAGCUCGUUAAAAAGACAAAGAAUAUUAAGUGCGUGAUACCUUCCGUGUACUGGUUAUUGUUUUUUAUCAAUUCCUAUCAGAGAAAGAGUACAAACGCCUGAUUAUUCGUGACGGAGAGUUUAAAAGUACGAACCAAAUUCCUAGAGGGAAAAGCUAGACUACUCCAGCAAGAAGGCAAAGGCAAGCAGCCGAACCUGUUGACCAUGACACAUAAUAAAAAGAACUACUGAAAGAGGAAAACAGAGUCAUAGUUUCACAUGUAUAUUAUUAACAAGUAAUCACGCGAUGUUUCUCAAGCAAUUUGGGAUAAAUCGGCACUGGUAAAUUUUUCGAAGACAACAAAUAGCACUCACCCUAUAGGUCUGUGUUACUUGGUUAACCUUUGAAAUAUGUCACUCGUGCCAAUUUAUCCCAAAUUGCACUGGAAAUCAUGUGAUCACCCAUACAAAUUGCACUCCACCCAGUAAAUAACGUUCCAUCGAGUAGUCUGAUCGUUUGGUUUGGAGUAGUCCUGAGAUGGGCUGUUUCUGGUAGUAGUGACUGACGUGCCAAUAACCUUAACGGAAGUCAUCAUCGCCGGAAGUCAAGCUGCUCAUCGAUCGAUGGAGCAGGGAGGAGCUUUGUCACAAGUAACGGCUUUCAAGUUUCAAAAUGGUGGGAUAGAAUGAAUUAAAUGCAAACCCUUGGUUCUUGGCUUUUCCACCUGAAUUAAAAUUUGUUAUUUUUCUGUCUCAAACAGAUAAGGAAUUGGCGUGAGCUGGACCAAAUGGUUAACAGAAGCCUCGAUAGGCUAAAGAGCUUAUGGCAAGAGCGAGCAGCAGAGGGGCGAUCAAUGUCAGACUGGGCCACGACCUCUGUUCAUUACAAAGAAGGAAAUGUGAAGGAAGAUCAAGCUUUUGCCGAGGAAGGCCUAUCGCCGAAAUCGUUAGUUAGAAUCGCACUUGGUGAACGCUUCCAAUCUGUUCAUUUGCACGCAACUAACAUUGGCAAGUCAGACCUGCCGGCUGGUUCACAAUCAAAAUGGCAAGAAAGGCUUUGUAAAGUGCUUAUCGACGCGUGUAAGCCGGACGGGAGCACGAACAUCAAUCCAUCUGCAAUAAAGGAAACACCAAAUCAUCUAUUGUACCUAAAUCUUGAGGUGCACGAGAAUCGAACCUUUGUGGGAAAUACUUUACAGUGGAAAGAAAUUAGUUUUGUUGUUGAAAUCAAAGAACGCAAUGGUGAAGUGAUCAGGAAACACUUUUCUGUGGAUUUACAUUCCAAACGGCAUAGGCGUAGUGCGUGGAAACCUAGUGGCUCAGGUUGGGUAAGUACCGUAGUCAUUCCCCACGAGGAUGAGUUGCCAGACUAUGACCAACACGACUGUUGUGGCUGUGUGAGUGGAUGCAGUCCCGUGGCCUGGGCUCAAAUCUUUCGUUACUACGACAGCCUUGGAUCAGACCGAUAUAUAAACUCGAUAUUCAGUGGAAAUAUAUACAGAGAUAAGACUACGGAAUUACCUAAGUACAUGACUUAUCGCGUAGAACAGUUUGUAGAGAGCAUUCGACGGACGCUCGGAACUUUCUGCGAGAAUGGUCAAGGCGCUACAUAUGUGAACAGCCAUCAUCGCAUCCAGUCCUGGUUCCAAGCUCGACAAGGGUCCAAAGCAAGAGCAUCCAGCUACCUAGAGUCUCGUAAAAGGAGAGGCUUCGUUGGACGAGGUGACAGGUCUUGGAUUCAAUGGAAAGCUGCGCAGACUUGCAUUAAGAUCGGUUAUCCUGUUGUGAUGAGCUUUUACGUGGAAUCCAAAAGUGGCCACGCAGCCGUCGCCACGAAAUAUAAAGAAGGGUACAAAAAAGUUCGUCGGUGUCGAACUAGGACGACUGGAUGGUGGAUGGGCAGACGAACAAGAAGAAACUGUCAGUGGGAGAAAGAGAGAAAAUACGAGUUCUAUCUGCGUUAUGGCUGGGGAGGCAAUAACAACAAAUGGCAAGCAAUAAAUCCUUACGGUGCCCACGUUGCAUAUAUUGCAAAGUAAAGGACAGUUCAAAACAAAGUUUCAAAUAAAGGGUUUCGCCGAUGUUAAGUUUUGUUGUAGGGCUUUUUAAGCUUAAUUUAAUUGUUUUUUCUUGUUUUGUUAUACUUUUUUUGUUUGUUUUUUUAUUGCUCUAAAUGUCUUGUAACAGGAAAUUUGGAAUGAAACAUAUGGGCACGUUAUAAAUAUUUGCUUUAUUAUUUGCUUUUUGAUUAGAUAAUAGGAUAGACGGUCGAGCGUUUAGAUCUUAAGGCCGAAUACCUGUUGUUUUUCUCUUUAAUUUUUUUAAUCAAUUUUUCUCGGGAUAACUAGACCUUGCAUUCUAGAUAUCGAAACAAAUAAGCUAGGGAAGAUAAAUAAUUGUAAUUUGGAAAAAAAAAACUACAAAUUCUUAUAUUGCAACCUUUUUGUAAUCAAAAUUGGCUCCUAACUCUUACAUCGGAUUUAACCAUUCUUUCCUUCCGAAAAAGAAUGCAGUACUUGAAGCAUGCAUCAUGAUAUCGCUCAGGGUUGCACUUUAAUUUUAAGUAAUAAUAGUCAAAGGAAUAAUGAGCACUCUCCAUAAAUAAUAGGUUUUUAACGAUUUGAUCAAGAUGUAAAAAACAAAGAAAACAACUUCAACAAAAGUACUGCAACUCUAUUUUUUGUUUAUAUUAGAGGCUCACUGUGUUUCCAUGCGGAGGUAUUAAAACUGAAGAGAACACGUAACGAGUUCAUGAUAGCUUCAUAGAUUGCUUGAUAGCCUCAAGGCUCCUCGUACCUCUCCUUUCUUAUAACAAAAUAAAAAAAAAAUAUGAUAAAUGGAGGCGGAUUUCAAGAAAAUUGGAGAACGGAACAUCCUUAACUGUUACGGCCUUAGCGUGGUAUGCCAAUGGUAUCGCGAGGUGUUAAAAUUUAAAAGAACAUGUAACGAGUUCAUGAUAGCUUCAUAGACAGCUUGAUAGCUUAGGGGCUCUUCGUGCCUCUUUUUAUUAGUAAAAUAAAAUGAAAUAUGUAAAAGAAAGGCGGAUUUCAAGAAGAUUUGAGAACGGAACAUCAUUUGAAUUAAGGAGAACAGAAAAGCUGCAGCGCAGAUUUGAAAAUUUAAACAUUUCGUAAAAGACCGAACGAAGAAACACCACUCCUCACACUCGUUCCGCCCCACUAACGUUCGUCUCUAGCAUUUACUUUUAUAGUCUAAUGGGCUGAAGGUAUUAACAUUUUUAUGACUGUGUUUGUUGGGAGUGGAACGAAAAAAAAGUAAUUUUCAUCAUUACUGAGCAAUGAGUCACUCCCUUGGAAACUGCUAGUAGGAGUUUGAGGAGCUGAAGCAUUCAGUUAGAUUUUCUGGCGGCUAAUCUCACGUUUACCCUUCGCCAGUUUUAUAGUUAUAAAAUGGCUUCCUGAUAAUUUUAAUGACUAUAUCACUACACGUAUUGAACGUGCAUCAUAAAAUUUCUGCAAUAAAGCGAAACAAUUUCAAUCCUGU